AGUUCUGGUCAGUAGCCGACCGGUGGCAGUUUGAAGCCAACAUCGAGAGGUGAACGGCGCCCCCCUCAGCUGAUUGUUCGUGCAUAGUCUGGUCUUCCUAUAAUCAACAUGUUUUCAAUUAUCCUGGUAGUUUUUCUUGGUGUCACCCAACAAGUUGUGGGGCAACAUGAUACCCACUUCAAGCCCAAUCGAAGUGUUAUCGUUCAUUUGUUCGAGUGGAAGUUUAAUGAUGUGGCAAAUGAAUGCGAGAAGUUUCUAGGACCUAGAGGAUAUGGCGGAGUGCAGCUCUCUCCAGUAAACGAAAACAUAAUCAUAUCAAAAGAAAACAUAUCACGACCUUGGUGGGAGCGAUAUCAGCCCAUGUCAUAUAAAAUCCUUACAAGAUCUGGCGGAGAGGAUGAAUUUCUGGACAUGACGAAAAGAUGCAAUAAAGCCGGAGUACGUAUCUACGUCGACGUUGUGUUUAAUCAUAUGGCAGUGCCUAACUCCGAGAUGAACGGAACAGCCGGGUCAAUCGCAAAUGGCUCUCAGUUCUAUUAUCCGGCGGUACCAUUUACAAAGGACAAUUUUCACAAAUCCUGUGUCAUUGACAAGUACACGGACGCCCAUGUUAUUCGUAAUUGUAUGUUAGGCGAACUUCCAGAUAUCGAUCAUUCACAAAGCGACGUUCAAGCUAAAAUCGUCUCAUUCCUCAAUCGAUUGGUGGAAUUAGGGGCGGCAGGAUUUAGAGUGGAUGCAGCGAAGCAUAUGUGGCCUCUUGAUUUGCAAAAAAUUUAUGAUAAAGUGAAAAAUCUGAACACGGAAUUCGACUUUCCUCAAAAUGCUCGACCGUUCAUCUACCAGGAAGUCAUCGAUCUCGGCGGAGAGCCAAUUUCCAAGACCGAAUACAAUCACAUGGGAGCCGUCACAGAAUUCCUUGCUGGCGUUCGAAUCGGAACUGUAUUCAACGGAAAUGCACCAUUGACCGCGCUAAUUAACUGGGGACCAGCCAUGGGACUUUUGCCGCAUCGAGAUGCUCUCAUUUUCGUUGAUAACCAUGACAACCAACGCGGUCACGGUGCGGGCGGCGCUAUGAUCCUGACGCAUAAAAAACCUAAAACUUAUAGAAUGGCUACCGCAUUCCUGCUUGCUCAUCCUUUCGGUAUUCCACGAAUAAUGAGUUCGUAUUCGUUCAAUAGUACAGAUCAAGGUCCUCCUUGCGAUGAAAAUGGUGAGAUUUUAUCGCCACUCAUGAAGGACGAUGACGGAGAAUGUGAUGGCGACUGGGUUUGCGAGCAUCGAUGGAAUGCGUUCGCAAAUUUAGUCGAAUUUCGACGCGUUUCUGGGAAUGCCACUUUAACAAAUUGGCAGGAUAACGGAGCAAAUCAAAUUGCCUUUUGUCGUAGCGAUAAAGCCUUCAUAGCAUUCAAUGCGGAUUCCAAGCUUGAUUAUGAUGUAAGUCCUUUUGCUUGUGUCGAAGCGGGUGACUAUUGUGAUAUCAUUAGUGGCAAGAUUCUGGACAAUCGUAGUGGGUGUACAGGAAAAGUUGUAAAGAUAAGUACUAAUAAAACUGCGAAAAUAGUUAUACCUGCUAAUGAUGAAUACGGAGUUGUUGCAAUACACGCUGAGUCAAAAAUUGGAAAAAAAUAACUUUGAAAAUAAAAUUUGAAUGAAAAA